UGGCUUUGUGUAACUGAAGCUUUCUCCAGUUACAUCUCCAAGAGACUCCAGAAGACACCUGCUGCCACUGACGCGAGCACACUUUCUUGACACCAUAACCGCGACGCAAAUAUUGUUGUUUUAAUGUCAUUAUAUGAUCAUAUAAGAAUGCCAGUAAGUGAUUUUCCUCCGGCAAAAACGAUAACCGUCUACAGGAACGGAGACGCCUUCUUCCCCGGAAGGAAAAUGGCGGUGAACCCGCGGCAGGUGUCGAACUUUGACAGUUUUUUGAAUUCUCUGACCAGAGGAAUUGAAGCUCCGUUUGGAGCGGUGAGGAAGUUGUACACUCCCGCGGAGGGCCGUAAAAUUCGCAGCCUGGAGGAGUUAAAACACGGUAGUGCGUAUGUGGCCGCCGGAAAUGAGCAGUUUAAAAGGCUGGACUACGGUGAGAUAACAACCAAGAAGCCAGAGAGUAAGAGAAAACAACAGAUCCAGCCUGUUGUUCACAGCACAAUAGUAGUUUCUGCUCGGUGGAGGAGAACUUCGGAUGAGUCUUGCACGAUAAACGUCUUCACCAAUGGGCAUAUAUUGGUGCCUCCGGCUCGAAUACGGAUCCCAAAGUACACGCUCACAAGAUGGGAGAAUGUUUUAGCCAUGGUGACUGAGAGGGUGCGUCUUCGUACUGGUGCUGUGCACAGGCUUUACACGUUAGAUGGACAUCCUGUCUGUGCUUCCACUGAGCUGGAGAACAACCAGCACUAUGUUGCAGUUGGUGCAGAAAGGUUCAAAGCUCUCCCGUAUGACUACUGCACCUCUGGAGUUUUAGUCAGGGACAACACCGUUCAAAGUCAAGACGUCCUGCCUCCAAUUAGAAAGAAAAGACAUGCAAAGGAUGUGUUUCCACACACAGGCUUUGGUGUGGACCUUGAGCACACAGCCAGGGGCCAGAUGAAGAAAUACACGGCAAAGCCAGAGAGCACCAAACAACAGAGGCAGGUGUCCAGAGACACAGUUCUCUUCUCAACAUGGGGGGGCAGUGUGUUCAAUGCACGAAACAAAAGGAACGAGAUGGCGGGAGCAGUGGAGGUGAAGGAGGACCUCCAGCUCAAGGUGGACCUGCCAAUUGAUCAGGUUAAGGCCAAGACAGUCGAGGAGGAGAAUGAAGCUGGGAGUUGUUCCACGAAUCCUUGCAAAGCCCGUCUCCAUGAUUCAGACGCCUUGUGUUUGCAGAGGUCUCUGUCUGCAGGUUCCAGGAAAGAUGCCGCCGGUUCUGAGCUGCCUCGUACCCCGGUGCAUUAAGACCGUGCAUGCCGUGCCUCUCCCCCUGCCGCUUCGCCAGGAUCCUCUCCACUGCAGUUGCACACGCAAGCCAAAAGAGACGCCGUCCCAAAAAAAACCAAGUGGGUUUAAACCAGCGCUGCGUUGAACUGAAACGGGCUGUGGGCGAUGAGCCAUUUCAGAUGAAGGACGUAUGAGUGGCAUCUGAUCCUGGAUUCUUUAACCGUCGCUCCCGAACGCCGCUCACAUCAUAGCGUGUAAUUGCCGUAUGACCAUGAGGAGGUUCCCAGUUGCGGGUGAGCGCCUGCGGACGCGCGUGUGGUCGGUGAACUGUCGAACGUGGCGACGAUCGAAUCACGAAAAACUUUCCAAUGAUGACGGAGCCGGCUGCCCACAAUGCCAAGUUGGACCCACCUUCAGGAAGGCCCUUCUCCAUCGCCCUCACCACAUGAAGGAAGAAAUCUCUGACUGAACCAGACUCACAGAUGUGCGGCCAUCUGCCUCGCCCGGUUGCGGUGAAAGGGAAAAUGGGGGACAGAGGAGAGGUGGGGGACGGAAAGGCGGGAGAGAAAGGACAAAAGGAGGACAACAUGGAGCACUGGGAUUCUCCUUUGGGUCCGUGCUGGUCUAUUCUAGACCGGAGAUGCUGGCUCAGUAGUAGACUGGAAUCCUUCAGGGCACCAGGGACAUCUGAUUCCACCACUGCCUAAGCACUGAACUAAAUGCUGCUGCAUUAUUUAUGUGUAUAUCACUUUAUUGCUGUGCAAGGUUUUCACUCCCAAGUUUCUGCUGCACCAUUUACCGUGCCUUCACCCAACUAAAACAAACUUUCACCAAUCUGCAUUUAAUUUCUCCCCCUUUGUCUCUCUUACAACGGAUGCUCAUGGUCACCAUAAAGAAGUUCUUCUCACGUAUCAGAGGUCUGAUACUGCCACCCCCCAAAGUAUGAUACUGAGCACGGCAGCUUUCAGCGCUCAGAGAGGAAUGAUGUUUAAUGCAACGUCUGCAUCCUGUCUCGCCAUUCCACCUCUCCCUUUAACACAUCGAUCUGACUCUGUGACUACUUUCACUGUGGGCUCAGUGCCAGAACAACAAUGUCCUGCACUGCUGCCGUGGACAGCCUUACAGUUUUUAUGUCACACGCAAGUAAA